GUCCGUGCGGGCUUGCGGGCGGCUGCGGGUCGGUUCCGGCCCGGGUUGAGGCGCGAUGGCGGCGGGGCGCGGCUGGGCGGGCGCCGUCCUGCUCCUCGCAGCGCUCUGCCUGCAGCCGCCGCCCGCCCGGCCCCGCGGGCUCCGCUUCGUAACGCUGGUGUACCGGCACGGGGACCGCUCGCCCAUCAAGGCCUACCCGCGGGACCCCUUCCAGGAGGACGCGUGGCCGCAGGGCUUCGGGCAGCUCACGCAGGUGGGGAUGCGGCAGCAGUGGGAGCUGGGCCGGGCCCUGCGGCAGCGCUACCGCGGCUUCCUCAGCCUGAUGUACCGGCGGCAGGAGAUCUUCGUCCGCAGCACAGACUAUGACCGGACGCUGAUGAGUGCGGAGGCCAACCUGGCAGGAAUGUAUCCCCCCGAGGGAGCACAGAUCUUCAACCCCAACAUCUCCUGGCAGCCUAUCCCUGUGCACACAGUGGCCAAGUCUGAUGAAAGGCUACUGAAGUUUCCUUUGACCCCCUGUCCACGGUAUGAACAGCUACAGAACGAAACCCGGCACUCAGCAGUAUACAUAAAUAAGACCAAAGAGAAUUGGCCAUUCCUGCAGAUGGUGGCAAAUGAGACUGGGAUCCAGGAUGUCUCUCUCGAGGGUGUUUGGAGCGUGUACGACACACUGUUCUGUGAACAAGUACACAAAAUGGACUUGCCUGACUGGGCGACACCAGAUGUCAUGACUCGACUGAAGCAACUCAAAGACUUUGGGUUUGAAUUUCUGUUUGGGAUCCAAGAUCGGGUAGAAAAAGCUCGUCUGCAAGGCGGGGUCCUGCUGGGUCACAUAAGGAAAAACCUAACCAAAGCAGCAGAUGUUUCAGCCCACCAGGACCUGAAACUGCUUGUCUAUUCAGCGCAUGACACUACACUUGUGGCACUGCAGAUGGCUCUAGAUGUCUACAACAAGAUUCAACCACCAUACGCCUCAUGUCAUUUAUUUGAGCUGUACCAAGAGGAUGAUGGUAACUACUCUGUGGAGAUGUUUUACCGGAAUGAGAGUGGGAGGGAACCUUUCCCACUGACAAUCCCUGGCUGUCAGCAUAAAUGCCCACUGCAAAGGUUCUUGGAACUCACGGAUCCUGUUAUUCCCCAGGACUGGGAGCGAGAAUGCCAGGUAGCAACCAUCGUGCACGACACAGAACUGUUUGUGGGUCUGGCUGUCUGUGGAUCCAUUCUCCUUCUCCUCAUAAUCCUCCUCUUGACUGUACUCUUUCGCAUACAGUCCCAGCACCCUGGCUACCGGCAUGUUUCCAACGAGGGAGAAGAACAGGCCUGACAGUUGCUUCGACUCCUUCCCAAGCAGUAGGAGGGAGCAGAAUUGCCCCUAAGGAUGAUUGGGCACCUUCAGUUACUGAGCAUUCUUUUGCUUUGGCCUUUGCUUCCCAGAAUGAAGCAGGACUUGAUUUUUGGAUUCUUGCUAAAGGCAACGUCCCAGAGGGGGAGAACUGAGCUGCUCUAAUGGAAAUGACACCUUAAUUCUGCAGCCAGUGUACUGUGUGGUGCCAGCAGUCCUCUAGAGUUCACCUAGCCUGGGAUUCCCAACAUGGCCAGUGGGAGCUG